CAGUGCGCAUGCGCGGCUCGCCAUAUUAUCGCGCAGCAGGCGCGUCGACACCAUCGCGGCUACGUGUUUAUUUUCGCUCUGUUUUUGCCCUCCUGUUGAUCAUAUAUUGCGCCACAUCCCGUCUAAAAGAGUUCUCGCUCAGAUAAAGAUCACUUAACAGCUGUUGUCGCUUUAAAUCGUUGUAGAUAUCGCGUUAGUCCGGCUGAAGAGUGCUAAGCGCGCUAGCCGCUAACAAGAUUCACAUCAAAACCACCAAACCUGGACAGAUUCGUUCACAGGAGACAUAACAGGGGACGUUUGGAUGGACCCUUCACUGGCGCCAGUGUAUUGCUGAAACGAGUUAUUAGCGGCACACGGGAGCCUCUCUGAGGCCGAUAACCAGCGCAGGAUGUCCAUCACAAACACACCCACCAGUAACGACGCCUGUCUGAGCAUCGUGCACAGUCUGAUGUGCCACAGACAGGGCGGCGAGAGCGAGACCUUCGCCAAACGGGCCAUUGAGAGUCUGGUGAAGAAACUGAAGGAGAAGAAAGACGAGCUGGAUUCGCUCAUCACCGCCAUCACCACCAACGGCGCUCAUCCCAGCAAAUGUGUGACCAUACAGAGAACGCUAGACGGCAGGCUGCAGGUGGCUGGUCGUAAAGGAUUCCCACAUGUCAUCUACGCACGGUUAUGGCGAUGGCCGGACCUUCAUAAGAACGAGUUGAAACAAGUCAAGUACUGCCAGUUUGCCUUUGACCUGAAGUGUGACAGCGUGUGUGUGAACCCUUACCAUUACGAGAGAGUCGUGUCUCCAGGAAUAGACUUAUCCGGACUCACACUGUCAGGCUCUGGUCCGUCGGGUCUGAUGGUGAAGGAUGAGUAUGAUUAUGAAGGCCAGCAGUCUCUUCCCAGCUCUGAGGGACACAUGCAGACGAUUCAACACCCUCCCUCUCGACCGAUGGCCCCGGAGCCCUUCAACACGCCCGUCAUGCUCCCGCCAGCAGAGGGCAGCGGCUCGGCCUCCACCUCCGCCUUCUCCAGCAUCGCGGUGGGAUCCGCAACUCAGCCCAAUAGCGUUCUCUCAGGAAGCCACAGCAGCGAUGGUCUGCUGCAGAUUGCCUCGGGGACGGGGCAGGGCUCACAGCAGAAUGGCUUCCCCCCCGGCCAGCCCUCCACGUACCAUCACAACACCAGCUCCAGCUGGACGAGGAACAGUAACUUCACCCCCACUGUGCCUCACCAUCAGAACGGCCAUCUACAGCAUCACCCGCCCAUGACCCAUCCAGCACACUACUGUGAGUGUCUCACCUCAGCCGGAACAUAUUGUCUGGAGUUUUCCUCAACAGUAGCAUAUGCAACAAGGGAUAACAUAUACACUUAUGAUUAUCUACAAAACAUACUGCACAUCGGGAAGGGCGUCCAGCUGGAGUGUAAAGGCGAAGGCGAUGUUUGGGUUCGCUGUCUGAGCGAUCACGCCGUCUUCGUCCAGAGCUACUACUUGGAUCGUGAAGCUGGCCGCGCUCCUGGAGACGCCGUGCACAAGAUCUACCCCAGCGCAUACAUCAAGGUGUUUGAUCUGCGUCAGUGCCACAGACAGAUGCAGCAGCAGGCGGCGACGGCACAAGCAGCGGCGGCCGCUCAAGCAGCAGCGGUGGCCGGAAACAUCCCCGGCCCCGGAUCCGUGGGAGGAAUCGCUCCUGCUAUCAGUUUGUCUGCGGCCGCUGGCAUCGGUGUGGACGACCUCCGCCGGCUCUGCAUCCUGCGCAUGAGCUUCGUCAAGGGCUGGGGUCCCGAUUACCCCCGACAGAGCAUCAAAGAGACGCCCUGCUGGAUCGAGAUCCACCUGCACCGCGCGCUGCAGCUGCUGGACGAGGUCCUGCACACCAUGCCCAUCGCCGACCCCACGCCGCUGGACUGAGAUCAGACACUGGACCUGACAAACCCAGUACCGCCGAACGAUGCAGAGAGACCAACGGGGUUCAGAGGUCAACGUCACGGCUGCGUUUAUUUCAUUUGCUUCUUUUUUUGCAUGUGUUGCUUUUGUUUCCUAACAUUCGGACCUUGAAGUGCACAGGACCCAGUGUUGUAGUAACCAAACCGAUCAUCUAAAGCUUCACAAGUGUUCUGCAUGAAGAUGAUGUGCGUGUUUGCCAGCUCUGCAGAGGUGCAUGCUGGGAUUCAGUUGAGCUGUUUAAAUGAAUCUGUUCUUAGGGAUGCUGUUGCUUCACUAGCCACUAGAGUCCCCCAUCGUGUCAAUCAGACUGUCUAAUUUCAGAUUGCCUUUUUUUCUCAUCAUCUCUUAAUGCAAACCAGAGUCUCUCGGGCCAAACGUUUAAAAGCUGUCAUGUGCAGUGGUCUGGAAGUACGACGGCUGGAAUAAAAACAUCACAAUAAUCCACAAAUAAUCCACAGCACUCCAGUCCAUCAGUUAAUGUCUUGUG